GCUUCAUAAGAAAAGCAAUGACAGGGAGAAAAAGAAGAAGAACAAACAAACAACAGAUACCAAUGACUUGAAUACAUCAGGAAACAAUGACUCAAGUGUCCCCGCCCUAGUAUCUGUAGGUGUACUGGUAGCUAUUGCAGUUGCCGUGGUAACCGUAACAUUCAUAUACAGGCGGUACAGAUUGUCACAUCGGUUUAACAAAAUGCCAGAAACAAAUGAACGAGUAACCACACCUGAAUACAACUAUCCUAACUUCACAUACGAAAUGUCCAGCAAUGUAUCAAACCAAAGUGCGUUGAAUAACGUAGAGUACAAUUAUCCUGACUUUUCAAUGCUAAAUGAUUCCGAGCCUACCACAAAUGAUGACGCAAAAGCUUUUCAAAGCCAAGAAAGUGGACCAGUUGACGCUGAAACACAUGUGUAUAGUACAUCGGGAAAUGAAAACGAAUAUAACACCACAAGUAAAAGACCAGAUGUGCUUCCCAAUGAAACAUAUGAUCAUGCAGACCCAAUGACAAAAGGUGGAUCCAAUACAUUGGGCGAUACAACUUACGACGUAAGUAUGUCAACCGAUGCACAGCUUCAAAAGUUUGGUGAGCAUACAGAUAAUGUUUAUAAUACUGGAAACGACACUUACAAUCAACUGGGUGGUGACAACCCGGAAUUUAAGAAGUCUGAUAACGUGUAUGGAUCUAAUCAAAUUGAGACAUAUAAACGCGUCCCAAAUAUUGGAGAUGAUAAGGAUGGGCCGUACAAUAGUACAUCUGAAAAGUUUGAAAACUGCGGUAUUACUGAUAACCCGUAUUCAGAAUUAGAGGCGCAUUAAUAAUGUAGUUCAUGCACACCUGAAAUUCUUAACUAGUGGCAUCAAAAUAUCUGGUAACUUACAUUAUGAGCGAUUAUUAUUCAGAUCUUUGAUGGUUGCGUGAUUUAUACCAUUCAUAUAUCAUUCAUAUAUCAUUGGAACAUUGUCUAGUCAUCAUAUCGUUUUGUAAUAAGUGUUUACUUAAAUAUAGCAUCCAACAGGAGUUGUCGGUUCUUCAACUAUUUAGUCUGGAAAGUGCAGGCGAGCUAUAUACUAGUAUAACGUAGUCUUUACAAAAUGUAAGUUUGUAUAAACUUACAACGAAUUUAAAAUCAUUUUUUCACUUGAUAAUCUGAUGCCAGACAACACAAGACUCUGGCACAAUUUGCAUUCGGCAGUCCAGUUUCAUAUAAAACGUGUGUAGUACAAAAAUAUAGAAGUUAAUACGUGAUGAUCGUGAUAAAAUGGGGUAAUUUCACAUUGUU